UAUGGUAUUCGUAGUGAAUAGUCGCAAUUUUAGCAUAUGGACAGGCAUGUAGGCAUUCUUUCUAGCGACGUAUACUUAUGGGGCAACAGUGGCAAGUACCUAUACAUACACUUGGUAUGGGGCGCAACAAACACGCGCGGUACCCGAGUUACUGUUUUGUUUUAUUUGCGUGCGUCAGGUUAGUUCAUCCUUAGUGAAUUAUGGAUUUCACGCAUCGUCAGUCUUGUAAUACGUCUCUUGAUAUCAAGAGACAUAUUUCUAAAAAUUAGUUCUUUACUACCGAAAUUUUCCUCGAACAUGUAUGUGUAGCCUGUAUAAUUUGAGAGAAUUAACCUCCUUGACGUGUAACCAUAAACAAGCUAACCAUACACAUAACAUGUUAACACUGGCUGGAAAACUCGCAGCUAGACAACCGGUCAUUGUGUCAUGUCAAAAGUCUCAAAUAAUCAAUCAAACCAAAACUUUUUAUCAAAAUGCACUCCGUGAUGUGUCCUAGAACCUGUCUAGGUUUCACCAACUUCUUAUUCUUCUUCGUUGGACUUAUCGGCUUCGGUAUUUGCUUAUGGUGCGCCAUCAACACAGAACUAUUCAGAGACUUGAACUACACUGUGACUAGAAGCGAACUAGUUGGAGUUAUAGCUAACUUUGUCAACUUAAAGCUGUGGUUAACGCCUUUAACGACAGUUAUAAUAACUUCGGCUAUCGUAGCGAUGUUAACGUCGUGUUGCGGCAUCCUCGGCGCUGGCUGCAAAACGAAAUGCGCAAUGAAAUCAUACAUCUUCCUUGUUUCCAUUAUAUGCUCUGUAGCUUUCUGGUUUAUCUACAUAUCCUGCAUCUACAACAUUUAUUCUGAUAACGAGAAAACACGCAAGUUUCUACAAAGCACGAUACGCACGCAGUACGGGAAAGAAAACGAUCUCUUUACAUCGCUAUGGGACUAUAUAAUGGUGAACUACGAAUGCUGCGGAGUUGUCAGUUUCGGCGAUUUCAAAGAGACUGUAUGGAUAAAACUGAACCCUGAUAAAUUGUUUCCAGUACAGUGUUGCGUUUUACAGAAUCGUACGCAUCUUAUACCUUCAUCUAAAGAUUGUCAAUUGACACUAAGUCCAGGUACAUUUCAUGAAAUUGGAUGUUUUCGAGCCUUAAGACAAUCGUUAGUGAACAGCAAAGGGCUUAUAAUAUUUUCUUGUAUUGUGUGUCUCUUUGCUUAUGCUUCAUUGAUGUCUUUUGCUUAUUGUGUGUUGAGAGGGGAACCUCUGAUAACUGACACGGAUGGUUAUAUCUACGGAUCCCGGCGAGGGCGGCACGUGGAGCCCGAGCCGUCUGCGAGCUCUCUGCAGAACAUGAUGUUUGUAAACGAUGCUUCGGAACCGACGACGAAAGUUGUUAGGGUGGUGUCGACUGUGAAUCCUUUCCAGAAGUACAAAUAUUAUCCAGAACAAGUGUAGUGUUUUUACAAGUUUGCUAAAUAAAUGGUGUUAUACACAA